UGACUGACCAGAUGAUUCGAUUUAGAGAGUCACGUGAUCAGCGUUCUCAAAAAUGAGGAUGUGAGAUAGAAACAGUAAUUUGGACAGCUGCGGGUCGGACAGUGUUUCUGCGAGCCUGUGCAGACAUGAACUGUUUGGUUUGCUUCACGCUCGCGGCGCUGCACUGUUGGAUUGUGGGAUCGGUCGUCUCCAGCGUCAGGGGGCAGCAGGUCUGGCCAGUGCCUUACAAGCGACUUGACAGGCGUCCAGAUGUUGAUCCCUACUGCCAGGCUUUAUACCCGUUCUGCCCGAGCGGGGACCCCGAUGGCCGGAUACCCGUGAUGAGCGACUCAGACAACAUCUCGGUGUUCAGACUGCAGACGCCGGUGUGGGAGUUCAGAUAUGGAGACAUGCUGGGGAAGUUUCAUAUCAUGCACGAUGCCAUCGGCUUUGGGAGCGCAAGAACGGGACGAAACUUCACCAUGGAGUGGUACGAGCUGUUUCAGCUGGGGAACUGCACUUUUCCGCACGAGAGAGCGGGCGUGAGCGCGCCCUUCUGGUGUAAUCAGGGCGCCGCCUGUUUCUAUGAGGGCAUCGAUGACCUUCACUGGAAACAGAACGGCACUCUGGAGAAGAUCGGAGAGAUUUCGGGCGAGAUGUUUAAUGAGAUGGCUCGCUGGGUUCAGGAGGACAAUGAAACCGGGGUUUAUUACGAGACUUGGACGGUGAAGUCAGAUCCCGGUCCAAACGCCACCACGUGGUUCGAUUCCUACGACUGUUCUCAGUUUGUGCACCGCACAUAUAAGACGUUACUGGACAUGGGUGCCGAGCUGUCCAGCCGAACGCCAACAUAUUACACCAAGAUCUAUCUGUACAGCGGAGAGCCGCUCUGUUUGGGAGACGACUCCAUCUUUCAGCAGUCUUCCAUGAAAGAUCUGGCCACAGACAUCAAGAAGUUCUACCACUCGUUCCGCUCUCACCAGUCCAUCGUAGAAAUGAUUGAGAGCUUGUUGGAGGCUUUUGAAAAGAUGGUCCUAGAGAAGACCUUCUAUUUCUACUACAACUCUGUAUAUUGGAAGCUGCCGAUGAAAUAUCCUUACAUUAAAAUAAUCUUUGAGGAGAUUCCUUUACCAUAACCACCAUAUUAUUUUUGUUUCUAAAUAAAAUGACAUUUUAAUUUUCUUAUGAUGUCAGAUUUAUCAGAUGGAAUGUUAAUAAUUUAUACUAAUCCAAAAAUCCUUUUUAAUGUUUUCUUGUUGUCGCUGUAUUGUGCAUUGAUGAAUAUUGUUGCCUGCGUGCAAAUGAUCUGUAAAACAGCCACACAGUUUUUCACUCAAUGUUUAAUCACCCUUAUUUCAAUAAAAGACAGUUAUAUUCAUGUUUUUACAACAACACGAAAAUGAAAUGUGAUGCUUUCAUAUUCGCAAUACAAGCAAUAUGCUCACUUGCUUCAGAAAAAAAUCAAAUACAUAAGCACUGGGUUUGACGCUGUUUGUACACUUUUCUCAUUUCCUUUCCUCUGGUUCACAUUGAGUUGUUGAUGUAAUGCGCUUCAG